AUUCAAUAUCUCUUUCAAAAAUAGAAAUCCACCAUAUGUUUUUGGCUGGUUGCCUGCCACCUUCCCCCACCCUGCACACCGUCAUCAAUAAACAGUGUGUCACGAAGAGUAAGAUUACAGCAACAAAACCUUGGAGUCAGCGACAAUGUUCCAAGAAUCACUCUGAUCAGUUUACGUUUACAUUUACAUGUUUCCACUCCAUUACAAGUGUAUUCUUCUCUGUCAUCUCCACCGCUUCCGCCACCCUUCAUUCAAAUAAACCAACAUCUCCGCCAUGUUUUAGUCUCACACACACACACACACACACACACCCACCAAAAGCUUCGACGACAAUGGAGGGCAUCUCUGUCUACAAGCUUUUAGCUUUCUUCAUUAUCUUUACUCACCUGAAUCUGAUUAAGGGCACUGUGACAUAUGAUCAGAGAUCGUUAAUCAUCAAUGGCCAAAGGAGAGUCCUCAUUUCUGGCUCCAUACAUUACCCCAGAAGCACCCCUGAAAUGUGGGAAGAUCUUGUAAUUAAAGCGAAAAAUGGAGGAUUAGAUGUCAUUGAUACCUAUGUGUUUUGGAAUGUUCAUGAGCCUUCCCCUGGUAUUUAUGAUUUCAGUGGAAGAUAUGAUCUUGUGAGGUUUAUAAAAACAGUAGCAAGAAAUGGACUUUAUGUGAAUUUACGCAUUGGACCUUAUGUUUGUGCUGAAUGGAAUUUCGGGGGUUUUCCUGUAUGGUUAAAAUAUGUUCCUGGUAUCAGCUUCAGAACAGACAAUGAACCAUUUAAGGCAGCUAUGCAAGGAUUCACACAGAAAAUAGUUGGGAUGCUGAAGGCUGAAAACCUGUUUGAAUCACAGGGAGGUCCAAUCAUCCUCUCACAGAUUGAAAACGAGUAUGGUGCACAAGGGAAGUCAUUUGGAGCAGCCGGAAAAGCGUACAUAAAUUGGGCUGCAAAAAUGGCUGUUGAACUAAACACUGGAGUCCCAUGGUCCAUGUGCAAGGAAGAUGAUGCACCCGACCCUGUGAUAAACACAUGCAACGGAUUCUAUUGCGACACUUUUACUCCUAAUAAACCUUCAAAGCCCGCAAUAUGGACGGAAGCUUGGAGUGGCUGGUUUACAGAAUUUGGUGCUCCGAUUGAGCAGCGACCAGUACCUGAUUUAGCAUUUGCUGUGGCGCGUUUUGUACAGAAAGGUGGAUCAUUUUUCAAUUAUUACAUGUAUCAUGGUGGAACAAAUUUUGGACGCACAAGUGGAGGACCUUUUAUCACCACAAGCUAUGACUAUGAUGCUCCCAUCGACGAAUAUGGAUUGAUCAGAGAACCUAAAUACGGCCAUUUAACCGAGCUUCACAGGGCCAUUAAGCUUUGCGAACCGGCUUUUUUUUCUUCAGAUGCUAAAAAUAUUUCUCUAGGACAGAGGCAAAAUGCAUACGUGUAUGAAGGAAACGGAAAUUGUGCAGCAUUCCUUUCAAAUUUUGAAACCGAUUUUGCUGUUAGAGUUGUGUUCAGGAAUCACCAUUAUAAAUUGCCACCUUGGUCCGUUAGUAUCCUCCCCGAUUGCAAAAAUGUCGUGUUUAAUACUGCAAAGGUUGCAACUCAAACUUCACGGAUGAAAAUGGUGCGGACGGGUUCUAGCUUAGAGUCAUGGGAGACUUACCAUGAAGAUAUUUCUAUGUUAGCAAGUGGGCCAUCUUUGACUUCGGUUGGACUCAUGGAACAAAUAAAUAUCACUAGAGAUUCAAGUGAUUACUUAUGGUACUCGACUAGCAUCGAUACCAGAUUAUCAGAGACAGGUCCUCGUAAAGCCACUCUGACGGUUCAGUCUAGAGGCCACGGAGUUCACAUUUUCGUGAACGGACAGCUUUCAGGGUCGGCGUAUGGGUCCCGGGAGACCACUAGAUUUACAGUUAGAGCACCCGUUGAACUCCGAGGCGGAACGAAUAUAAUCUCACUGCUUAGCAUUGCUGCAGGACUACCAAAUGUCGGAACACACUUUGAAUCAAGGGAUACAGGAAUUCUAGGACCCGUUUCUCUGGAUGGACUUGACCAAGGAACGAUCGACUUAUCAAGAGGGACUUGGACUUACAAGGUUGGGUUAAACGGGGAGACGAUGAAUUUGAAUUCGCCAAAUGGCAUCUCGUUUGUAGACUGGAGUCGAGUUUCAUUAGUCAACCCACAUCAGCAGCCAUUGAAAUGGUACAAGGCUUAUUUUGAUGCACCCGAAGGCAAUGAGCCACUGGCUUUGGAUAUGAAGAGUAUGAUCAGAGGUCAAGUAUGGAUCAAUGGUCAAAGCAUUGGAAGAUAUUGGACCAAGCAUGCAAGUGGAAAGUGUGGCUCUUGCAAGUAUACUGGAGCUUUCAGACCCGGAAAAUGUCAAGUGGGCUGCAAUGUACCAACCCAGCGAUGGUAUCAUGUACCUCGAUCAUGGUUAAAGCCGAGACAAAAUCUAUUGGUGUUGUUUGAAGAAGUUGGGGGGAAUAUAUCAAAGAUAUCUCUGGUUAAAAGAACUCAGGUCCGCCUGCAGUGUGGGUUUGGCCAAUCCAUUUCUUCAAUCAAGUUUGCAAGCUUUGGGACUCCUUUUGGAAGUUGUGGAAGUUUUCAACAGGGCACGUGUCAUGCACCCAACUCUCUUGAGCUCAUAGAGAAGUCAUGUGUUGGACAGGAGAGUUGUGAGGUGAUGGCUUCAAACAAUUAUUUUGCAACGGAUCCGUGUCCUAAUGUCUUGAAGAGGUUAUUGAUUGAAGCUGUUUGUUCUAUCAAACCGAACUAUACAGGUUAGAUGACCAUGGUGAGGGAACCAAGAACUAGUCAGCUAAAAGAUCAUGGUGCGUGAACAUGAAGGAGUUGAGGUUUAUGAGAUACAACAACCUAGAUGAUAGGAUUUCAUUUAAGGAUUUAGAAACUAAGUUUUGGUGAAGAAACCAAUAAGAAGAAAUAAUAUUCUGGAGAUCGGACACCAUGAAUAAAGUGGUUUUGUGUAUACUGGAGUGAGAAAUGUGUACAUGAUAUGCUAUACAAAUGUAAAAAUUAUGGUGCCAGAUGUUAUAUGAGGGAGAUAAAUAUUUGAUUGGAUGAG